GAGAGCGAGUUUCCAAGCCUUUGCGCUCCGCGCUGGCCGCUGCAGGGAGAACAGACUCCGGGCGGAGGGCUGCCAACCCGCUUCAGCUCAGGUCUUCCUCGGGUUGGGCUUGCCACUGCCUGGAACAUCCCUCUCCCCCCUGGCGCAACACUCAGCUGGCUGCGACGGCGACCCCGAGCUUGGACACUGUGCCAGGAAUCCUAAAACCAAAAUAUUAGAACGAAAACAGAAACAUGGCUCACUAUAUUACAUUUGUCUGCACGGUUAUGGUCCUGCUUCUUCAGAAUUCUGUGUUAGCUGAAGAUGGGGAAAUAAGAUCAAGUUGUCGUACUGCUCCGACAGAUUUAGUUUUCAUCUUAGAUGGCUCUUAUAGUGUUGGCCCAGAAAACUUUGAAAUAGUGAAAAAGUGGCUCAUCAAUAUCACAAGAAACUUCGACAUUGGACCGAAAUUUAUUCAAGUUGGGGUGGUUCAAUAUAGUGACUACCCUGUGCUGGAGAUUCCUCUUGGAAGCUAUGAUUCAGGAGAACAUCUGAUGGCAGCAGUGGAAUCCAUACUCUACUUAGGAGGAAACACAAAAACGGGGAAGGCUAUCCAGUUUGCCCUUGAUUACCUUUUUGCCAAGUCCUCACGAUUUCUGACUAAGAUAGCAGUGGUACUUACGGAUGGCAAAUCCCAAGAUGAAGUCAAGGAUGCAGCUGAAGCAGCAAGAGAUAGUAAGAUAACAUUAUUUGCCAUUGGUGUUGGUUCAGAAACAGAAGAUGCAGAACUUAGAGCUAUUGCCAACAAGCCUUCGUCAACUUAUGUGUUUUAUGUGGAAGACUAUAUUGCAAUAUCCAAAAUAAGGGAAGUGAUGAAGCAGAAACUUUGUGAAGAAUCUGUCUGUCCAACACGAAUUCCAGUGGCAGCUCGUGAUGAGAAGGGAUUUGACAUUCUUUUAGGUUUAGAUGUAAAGAAAAAGGUUAAGAAAAGAAUACAGCUUUCACCAACAAAGUUAAAAGGAUAUGAAGUAACAUCAAAAGUUGAUUUAUCAGAACCCACAAGCAAUGUUUUCCCAGAAGGUCUUCCUCCAUCAUAUGUAUUUGUGUCUACUCAAAGAUUUAAGGUCAAGAAAAUUUGGGAUUUAUGGAGAAUAUUAACUAUUGAUGGAAGCCCACAAAUAGCAGUUACCUUAAAUGGUGUGGAAAAAACAUUAUUAUUUACAACAACCAGCGUAAUUAAUGGCUCACAAGUGGUUACCUUUGCUAACCCGCAAGUUAAGAUGUUGUUUGAUGAAGGCUGGCACCAAAUUCGUCUCUUAGUAACAGAGCAAGAUGUAACUCUGUAUAUUGAUGACCAACAAAUUGAAAACAAGCCCUUACAUCCGGUUUUAGGGAUCUUCAUCAAUGGGCAAACCCAAAUUGGAAAAUAUUCUGGAAAAGAAGAAACUGUUCAGUUUGAUGUCCAAAAGUUGCGAAUCUACUGUGACCCAGAACAGAACAACCGGGAGACGGCAUGUGAGAUUCCUGGAUUUAAUGGAGAGUGCCUUAACGGUCCCAGUGAUGUAGGUUCAACUCCGGCUCCCUGUAUUUGUCCUCCGGGAAAACCAGGACUUCAAGGUCCCAAAGGUGAUCCUGGACUGCCUGGGAACCCUGGCUAUCCUGGACAACCUGGUCAAGAUGGUAAGCCUGGACAUCAGGGAAUUGCAGGGACACCAGGUGUUCCAGGAACUCAAGGAAUACAAGGAGCUCGAGGACUACCAGGUUACAAAGGAGAACCAGGAAGAGAUGGUGACAAGGGUGAUCGUGGACUUCCUGGUUUUCCUGGGCUUCAUGGCAUGCCAGGAUCAAAGGGUGAAAUGGGCGCCAAAGGAGACAAAGGAGCACCUGGAUUUUAUGGCAAAAAGGGUGCAAAAGGUGAAAAGGGAAAUGCUGGCUUCCCUGGCCUUCCUGGACUUGCUGGAGAACCAGGAAGACAUGGAAAGGAUGGAUUAAUGGGUAGUCCCGGUUUUAAGGGAGAAGCAGGAUCCCCUGGUGCUCCGGGGCAGGAUGGACCACGGGGAGAACCUGGAAUCCCAGGAUUUCCUGGAAGCCAAGGAUUAAUGGGCCAAAAGGGAGAAAUUGGGCCUCCAGGACAGCAAGGAAAAAAAGGAGCACCAGGGAUACCUGGCUUAAUGGGAAGCAAUGGCUCACCAGGUCAGCCUGGAAUGCCAGGAUCUAAGGGAAGCAAAGGUGAACCUGGAAUUCAAGGGAUGCCUGGGGCUUCUGGGCUCAAGGGAGAACCAGGAGCAAUGGGUACACCAGGAGAACCAGGAUACAUGGGUUUACCUGGGAUUCAAGGAAAAAAGGGGGACAAAGGAAAUCAAGGUGAAAAAGGUGUUCAGGGUCAAAAGGGAGAAAAUGGAAGACAAGGAAUUCCAGGGACACAGGGAAUUCAAGGCCAUCAUGGUGCAAAAGGAGAGAGAGGUGAAAAGGGAGAACCUGGUAUCCGAGGUGACAUUGGACCAAAAGGAGAAUCUGGGGUGGAUGGCUUGAUGGGGCCUGGAGGUCCUAAGGGGCAACCUGGGGACCCAGGUCCUCAGGGCCCCCCAGGUUUGGAUGGGAAGCCCGGAAGAGAGUUUUCAGAGCAAUUUAUCCGACGAGUUUGCAUGGAUGUAAUAACAACACAGCUACCAGUCUUACUUGAGAGUGGAAGAAUUCGCAGUUGUGAUCAUUGCCAGUCCCAACAUGGCUCCCCAGGUAUUCCUGGGCCACCUGGUCCCAUAGGCCCAGAGGGUCCCCGAGGAUUUCCUGGUUUGCCAGGAAGAGAUGGUGUUCCUGGACUAAUGGGUGUCCCUGGACGUCCAGGGGUCAGAGGAUUAAAAGGCAUACCAGGAAGAAAUGGAGAAAAAGGAAGCCAGGGGUUUGGGUAUCCUGGAGAACAAGGUCCUCCUGGUCCCCCAGGUCCAGAGGGCCCUCCUGGAAUAAGCAAAGAAGGUCCUCCAGGAGACCCAGGUGUACCUGGCAAAGAUGGAGAUCAUGGAAAACCUGGAAUCCAAGGGCAUCCAGGCCCCCCAGGCAUCUGUGACCCAUCCCUUUGUUUUAGUUUAAUUGCUGGGAGAAAUCCAUUUAGAAAAGGACCGAACUAUUAGUGUCUGAUGCCUCAUUCAGCAGCCUAGGCAUGGUGCUUUUCUUCUGUGGUCUUUUGCAUCUCAGGAAGAUAACCAACAGUCAUCCCUUGAAAAAAAACUAAUGUACCUCGGUGAUUUUAUUUUUUUUUCUUAUGGAAAAAAAUAUAAAACGUCACAUAUACUGAUUUUAAAGGCUCCUCAGUCAUUUGGAGGUCUUGGAUUAGCAGCAGUAAUUAAAUCUCAAGGGUUUCUUGUAAAGUUCAUUUAUUUUAAUCAAAGUUGAAUAUAAAAAUCCACCAUUGCCUGUUAGCCAGUCAAUUUUAGUCACUGUGAAAUAUUUCACAUUCAGCCUCCACGUAGUAGAGAUUUGAGUUUAUUUCAUGUCUAUGUGACUUUCGUGUUUCUUAUCUCAUAGCUUAUGCUACUGCAUAAGCCAAAACAUGUAUCUGGUCAUUGAAAGCAAGAUCAGGGCUGAUAUUCACUUAGGAUAGAUAGUAUUGGUGAAAUACUCAUUUACUACAGUGUCUAUGCCUAUUGAUAAGGGACAGUGGAUUGCUUGUUGUUCAGUAUUUUGAAUAGCACCUCUGAAUAAGGUUAGUGUGUUUCUUAAUUCAUUCUUAAACUCUAAAAUAGAUUAAUGGUGAUGCUAAGAAAGAGUAUUAAUUACAUUGGGAAUGAUCAAAAUUAUUUAACAUUAAAAACAUUUUAUAUAAAAAGUUUCAUUGUAUAUAUUCAAAGAAAAUGCAAGUUCAGAAAUACUAAAAGGCUGUAUUUUAUCCUUGUUGAUUAAUCAGAGUGUUUUUUGUAUGCCUUCAUUUUCCAUUUCGCUUAUCUGUGUAUGUCCAUAUAUGUCAAUUUUCAUGGUAGCAAACCUAAUGGAAAUAAACGCUCUAGUUGAAAGAAAAGGAAAACUCCUCAAAUUCUAGAAUGUCUUGGUAUUUUUAGCUGACUUAAAAAUAUUAUGAAAAGUCUUUGUAUAUUGUUCUUAAUGCUUUUGUAAUAAACAGAAUUUGAAAUAUUUCAUCCUUGUCAUGCUUAAAAUUUUGUUACAUGCUUGUUAUUCAGAAUAUAAUAAAGUUUUGUACAGGCCUGA